UUCAGUGACUAACUUCACCAUUAUUGUGGUCGAAGGUUUUUUGAUUUUUUGCAAAAUGCGAUGACGGUUGUUUAAAAAAAAAACGUUCACCUUAUAGUCUUAAGUUAAGUAAAUUAAAUUAUUUAACUACAAGAUUGCUAAUUGAUUGUUGACUUGUAAAAAUCGUUUAUUUUUAAAAUACUUUUGUUAAAAAGUACAAAAGAAAAUAAUGUAGUUAGAAACUGACUAUUAGAAAAUGAAUUUCGGGGGUGUUAUUCGAGUAAACAAGGCAGGGUUUUGUGUAAUAUCGGGUGCCCUUCUGAUAUUGUUUGUUUACGUAUUUACUACAAGCUCUCGUAACAAUGAUUCUCCAAGUGUUAAAAUAAACUUAAGACAGCUUUUGGAAGUAGCAAUUAAAGCAGCAGAAAAUGGGGGCAAAGAAGUGGUUGCUAAUAAAGACAAUUUACAAAUUAAAAGCAAAGGAUUAACAAAGGAGGGAAUGCAGGACAGUGUGACUACAGCAGAUUAUUCAUCGCACUGUGCUAUUAUGAAAACUUUAAAACAUGCAUAUCCCACCCUCCAUGUAAUUUCAGAAGAGAAAAAGGUUCAGUGUGAUGACAAGGAAAUCGAUUACUUGGAACAUGUUACUAUUCCUAAAAGUUUAGAUGAUCAUUUGGAAGAUAUUAGAGAUAUUUCUGUAUGGAUUGAUCCAUUAGAUGCAACAUAUGAAUACACUGGGAAGCUGUAUAACUAUGUGACUACAAUGGUUUGUGUUGCUGUAAAAGGAGAACCUAUUAUUGGUGUCAUUCACAAACCUUUUAACACUGAAUCUAAAACAUUUUGGGCAUGGGUUGGCAAGGCAAAAUCUUUCAAUUUGAAAUAUGCGAGGAACAAAAGUAAAAAUAUAAAAGUAAUAAUCUCAAUGUCUCACAGCGGUGAAAUAAAGAAAGUUUUGAGUGAAAAAAUGAAAAAUAUAGACGUAGUUGAAGCUGCUGGUGCCGGCUAUAAAGCUUUAGAAGUUGCUUUAGGCAAUGUGGAUGCGUAUUUGCAUAUUACUGCUAUAAAGAAAUGGGAUAUUUGUGCAGGAAACGCUAUAAUUAAAGCAAUGGGUGGUAAAAUGACAACGAAAUAUAACGAAUUAAUAGAUUAUAAAGAUGAAGACAGUGUUAAAAACGAGAAGGGUUUAGUAGCCACUAUAACCAACCAUGAUAUGUAUAUUGGAAAAUUUUAAAUGUACAAAUUUGGGGUCAGAAGCAAUGAACUUUCUUUAAAUUGUUCUGUUACGUGUGAUUACAAAAGAGAUAAUAAAUUUUGUAAUACUCAGA